AUGGCCAACUCUCGCAUCUGGGAAUCUCUACAGGUUGGCAACCUGACGCUAGCGCACCGCGUCGUCAUGGCGCCCCUGACGCGGUACCGCAACGACGACGAGCACGCGCCGCUCGACAUCAUGACGCAGUACUACAGCGACCGCGCCUGCGUCCCCGGCAGCCUCGUCAUCACCGAAGCGACUGGCGUGUCCGCCGCGGCCGAAGCCCGCCCGUGGCUGCCGGGCAUCACCACGGCGGCGCAAAUCGCCGGCUGGGCGCGCAUCUACGCCGCCGUGCACGCGCGCGGCAGCUUCGUCUUCCAGCAGCUGUGGGACCUCGGCCGCGGCGCGGACCCGGCGUACGUACAAGGCCGCGGGCACGCGUACGCAUCGAGCGGCGACGUGCAGCUGGCCGGACGCCCGGUACCGCCAACGCCGCUGGGCGAGGAUGACAUUUGGCGCAAAGUGGCCGACUUUCGCCAGGCAGCGCGGAAUGUGGUCGACGCUGGCGGAGACGGCGUCGAGAUCCACGGCGCGCACGGGUACCUCAUCGACCAAUUCACGCGCGAUAGCGUCAACAACCGAAAUGAUGCAUGGGGCGGCUCCGUGGAGGGCCGCAGCCGGUUCCUGCUCGAGGUGGUCAAGGCCGUCGUGGACGAGAUUGGCGCAGAGCGCACGGCUCUUCGGCUAAGUCCGUUUGCGCUGCAUCAGGACUCGUACUCGUCGGAUACGUGGGAGCAAACGGGGCACGUCGUCCGCACGCUCAAGGCGCGCGGGUACAAGCUCGCCUACCUGUCCCUGGUUGAGCCCCGCGGUGAUCCGUCCCAGCUGGACGUUGUGACGCCGGACCCGUCCCGCCCGCAGCCCUUCACAAAGCAGCCGCAGUCGCUUGACUUCAUCUUUGACGAGUGGGACAGCGUCUCGCCGAUUUUUGUGGCGGGCAACUACAAGCAGGACACGGCGGCCCAGACGCUCGACGGGCCGUACAAGGGCCGCGAGGUUGCCAUUGCGUUUGGGAGACCGUACAUUUCGAACCCGGAUCUGGUGUUUCGGCUGAAGCACAACGUGCGCCGUAUAAUAGAGAUACCUUUUAUAACGAAAAGGAUCCCAUAG